UGGGACUAGCACGCAAACGUUUGGGGAAAUUCCAAUUCGCCAUUACUGUCAUUGUAUGAUUUGUAAACGGUUUUACCUUAAAAUGAUCUAAUUUCCUGAACUUUGUCUUAAAAUCAUGGCAGAUUCACAUUUUGGAAAGACCACCGCAGAAAAUUAUGGAAACAAAGAUGUCCUCAUGGAAUUUGACGAGCACAAACUCUCCAGCGACCUAGAAUCCAUUCGGCUCUCGGAAUAUUUUGGAGAUUUAAGAGAGGUCAAACGCGAGGAAGCAGAUGGAGCAGCUUCAUGUCGCUAUGGAAACCUACAGACACUUGCGGGAGCUACCGCACUGGGUGCGCACGCCUACGGAAUUUACCCACCCCCUACACAGCAAGGUGCUAGUGCCUAUAUGUACCACGGGAGCUACGUACCUGCGACGCAGUAUUGCAGCAAUGACCCGUAUACUAUGACAGGCCCGACGGCGGUUGCGGUGAAGCCAGAGCCUUGCGAUAUGUACCCCGAGAGUUCCCUAACGUCAUUGAAUCAACCGGAAACGGACUCGGAGCUUUCGAUUGCCGCCGUACACAGAUUUCAGCAGCCCGUGGCACCGGCGCAAUUUCACGGUUGCCGAAAAAGCGCGAUGCAGACAUGGGGCAGCGAUCAAUUUGAACCGAAAAUAUCGUCUUAUAAUCCGAUAGAGGAUAAACUAUGCAGGCUGGACGAAGAUGAAAACAUUCCUAGCGUCGGCUCGGAACGGAAACACCUCGCCUGGCGAGAGCAGGCGCAGCGGGGCUUGAUUAUGCCAUCGACGGAAACCGGAAGUGACGUAAUAGACGAGAGCGAGGAAAUGACGUUUGAGCAGGACGAACUCGGAGACGGACCGCUCCAUACGUUGGCCGUGCUGGAGGACACAACGCUGCUCGCGAAGUACCUGGAAGUAAUUGUCAAGACGGGCAUCUUAUCCAGGGCAAUCAAUCUUCAGAACAAGUACAAACAGACUCCUCUCUUCUUGGCCAUUCACGCGCGAAACUACGGCUUUUCUUCAUGGUUACUCGACCACGGAGCGGAUCCUUGCAUUCAGGGCACACUCUACACCGACGCUGACACGUACAUCUGGCGGUCGCCCCUCCACCUAGCGGCCACGUUUGGGGACCGUGACGUCAGGUUCAUUACGUUACUGCUCUCCAAGGGCGCCGACAUCAACCAAUUGAGCCACGGGGACCAGUUGACAGCGCUGCAUUUAGCGUUGAAGUGUCACUGCACAAUGCGCCCGUGCAAGUCGGUGGUUAUGGAGCUGAUUAAAAAAGGCGCCAACAUCGAGAUUAGGGACCAAGCUAACAGCAAGACCCCCUUCAUGCUGGCGUUGGAGACACGGGACUUAAAGAUGAUUGAAGAAUUCAUGUUGAUCAUACCCGCGGAUCAGCGCCGGAAGAUGUUACAGGAGCAGACGAGAAGUGGCGACACGCCGCUCCACCUAGCGGCCGGCCUUUCUCAAAUCAGCUCCGACCAGAAGAUCGUGUUACUGCGCAUGCUCGUUACGAACGGCGCCAAUGGAAGCAUUCAGAACAACGUUAAAGAACUUCCGAAAGAUUUCGCCAGACAGGAAUGGAAUCAACUGAGAAAGACGUGAUCAUCGUAUCCAAGUGAUCUCACAUAGACAUGCCCGAGCUCUCCUUUCAUCUUCCAUGCAGUACCGCCAACCAUUAUCAGCUGUAUGGUCAAUCCAUCCACAUUUAAUCAGUGGACACACUUGUUUUUUAGUCUUCUCUGUUUUCAUGCAUAGUUUGAUACUAUAAAAUCAUUUAUAUUAGUCGGCAUAAAAUGUCGUGUUUUUUUAAUGACUUUCGUAGACACGUUUAUAAGUGAUUUUGGAAAAGAUGGACUUUGCAUCGGCCAUUUUCGGAUGUUUUUGUGUUAAAUUCGUGGAUUGGUAAACCCACUGUAGUGCCGGUGCCCAGCCCACAAAACACGCACAUAUAUCAUGGCGGGAAACCUGCGACCAAUCAGAAGUUAGCUUUAAUUCGUGGAUUGAUCAAUAAAUGCUCCACAUUUAAUAAUUAUAUACAAUAUUUGUGGCAUGGUCAUACUCUUGUAUAAGAUUGUUGUGAACAUUUUCAAAAUUACAGCUUAAGUAUGAAAAUGAAGACCGUAUUAAUAAUAUAUUCUUGAAAAAUCAUUUAUUAAUUUAUUUUUGGAACAACUACUAUAAAAAAUGUUUCGCCCUACUUAACACACAAACAAUGUUAAAGUAUCCGUUUCUUUAAGUAUUAUUGUACGAGACAUUUCUGAGAGAAGUUCUUUAUACACUCGUAUCUAUUUCUAAAAAUAUGUUGUUGGUUUUAAAUUAUUUUUUUGUAUCCACGAUAGUUUACUUUUGUGUACUUUAACAGAAGUGAAAACUGAAUAGAACCUACAUAAUUUAUACUAUUAUUCAUAGAUGUCAUGCAAUCAUUUAAUCUUUGUUAUUUUGUAUAUAGAUUGUUUUUAUUUCUUGCUCGAUACCAUUUAUGAACUCUGUUUGCAAAUGCUGAGGGUUUUAAGGCAAGAUGAUCUGUUAACGUCCGUUGCGAUGGACUUUAAAUAUCGAUAUGAAGUCAUCCAGGGUUGUUUUGACGUCAACAAAAGUGACGUCGUGGAGAUUAUCAAAGUUCGUUAAAACGUUCUAGAAACAGAGAAUCUUGAUGUCGAUUAUAUGCGUAAAAUGUCUUGUAAAUAUUUAUUUGUAUGCCCCCGAAUCGAAUGAUAAGGGGUAUAUUGUUUUUGGCCUGUCUGUCAUUGUAUGUGUGUGUCACUGUGUGUGUCCCGAAACUUUAACCAAAACUUUAAAAUUGGUCUUAACUUUUGCAAUAUUGAUGAUAGCAACUUGAUAUUUGGCAUGCAUGUGUAUCUCAUGGAGCUGCACAUUUUGAUUGCCGAAAUUUCAAGGUCAAGGUCAUCCGUCAAUGUCAAAGGUAAAAAAAACACCUUAUCUAACGGAAGUAAUAAGCUUUUUAAAGGGAGAUAAUUAUCUGUACCUGCCAAAUGAUAAAAAAUAAAUCAAUCAAUCAAAGCGGCGCAGAUAGGGCAUUGUGUUUCUGACAACACAUUUCUUGUUUUACAUUAUUUUUGUGUGUUCAUAUUUGAAUAGCAAAACUGUUGGAUAUAAAAUUAACUGGAUCGUGUACAAGAAGUCAUCAAUGUCAAAAUGUUUUAAUUGUCUUGCAAUGUUAAUCGGAUAAUAUUUUUUCGCUCAAAAGUGUCAGGUACUAAAUAUUUCUUUUUAAUGCACUUCUGCAUUGCGUAUUAUUUUAUGUUUCGAUUUUGGCAUGCGACUCUAAGGACUUGCACAUAGAGAUAAGACUAAUAAAUACUACUAAAACAU